GUAUUGUAAAGGAACGUUUCUUUAUGCACCAAAAUGGGUAUAAUUUCGAUAAAUAUAAAGAAAAUUUUAUUUUUUUUUUUUGAAUAAAUUCAAAUAAAUAAUUUAUAAAUACGAAAAGUGAAUAAUAAUAAGUUAAUGUAUAAAUAUAAAUGAUUUACAAUUUUAAUUUUGUUGGCAAAUUCUGAAGGCGUAUGUACAUGCACAAUUUAAUUGGACAUUUAUUCUGAUUUUGAAAUAUGCCCUUGAUAAUGAGAAGGGCAUGAAAUAAAGGCCAUUCUUUGUAGUUUGGCUAAUGUAUUUCUAUUUCUAAUUUCUCUAAUCUCCGUUUUACAGAAAAUUAAAAAUUCUAAAUAAUUCAUUUUUAAAAGUAUAUAAACACAUGAAUUUGGGAAUGACAAGUAUCAGUCUCUUGUUGCUUUUCGAUUUGUUCGGCUCUGAGAAAACCGCGAUAUUCAACAUGAAAACGUUUAUCAUCUUUGGUGCAAUUUUGGCUGCGGCUGCUGCAGGACGUCUCCCUGGACAUCGUGACGAGGACCACUAUCACUAUCACCAGCCGGCAGCCUCAGAGAAUUUAGCUUCCGGUUACGACUAUCCUCAACCAGCUGCUUCAGAGAACGUUGCUUCCGGUUAUUACUAUCCUCAACCUCAACCAGCUGCUUCGGAAAACGUUGCUGCCGGUUAUUACUAUCCUCAACCUCAACCAGCUGCUUCGGAAAACGAUGCUUCCGGUUAUUACUAUCCAGAACCCCAAACAGCAGCCUCAGAGACUAAAGCUUCCGGUUACGAGUACCCCAAGCCUCAAGCUCAAGCAAGCAACCUCUACUUGGCACCUGAACAUCAGGAAUCCAGACAAGUUGACAACACUUAUCUUGCACCUGAGGCCAGCGAAAUCGAGAACUCCUACAUUCCACCAAGCCAAGGUCACUUCUAAGAGAAUUCCAAAUUAUCCCCUCCGCAAGUGUUCUUUUGGAAAAAUUACUCUCCUGCUCCUUUCUCACUAAAUCUUCAGUUGACCAUUCGAAACAAUCUAUUGCCACUGUUAAUAGACUGUAAAAAUUGUUUUUUGUCAUUUACAGUACAGAUAUUUGUAUACCAUACUAGUAUUCAUAUUGUAUCUAAAUGUGCCUUGAAAAUAAAACAGUAUUAGCCUAUAGAAGUGUUUUUUAAUUUAUUUUCACAUUUUGUUCCAGCUAAAUAUGUUAACUCAAGAUAUAAAAGAAAUAUUUAUAUCAAUGCAAUAACGUUAUCAUAUUUCUCUUUUUUAUUAAAUAAUAUUAAAAGGAGUUUGGUCUUUUUAUAUCUUUUCUUUAAAUUAUCC